AUGAAUUUUUCUCUAUCCCAUCACAAAGAUGAUGCCCAUUCCUCGACCAUAACAGGCAAUGAAGAAGGAACAACAACUUGCAGCAAUAGAAGUGCCACCAAAAACCCUAACGUCCAUGAUUCCGAAUUUAUUACCAUUGAUUUACACCAUUCCGAUGAGGCUACAGCACAUCUUUCCUCUCAACCUGCACAUGCCGCUACUCAAGCUCAUGCUUUGGCUGCCACUACUAAGGAUUCUCCACAAACAUCCACCUUGAGUGCUGCUACUACCAACAUGACCAACAGCAACGAUGAAAGAGAGUUUCUAUUAUCCCUACAUGAAACGAAAACCUCUUCUCCUCCUCACACACUUACCAUAGCAGAGGUGAUUGCUGCUUUUCGUACCAAUGCAGAGCAAGGACUCUCUGAAGAACAAGCGCUAAAAAGAUCACAAAUAUUUGGAAAAAACGAGUUGAAGAGUCAAGGUGGAAUUAAUUUGUGGAAAUUAGUGCUGUUUCACACGUUCACAUUUAUGAAUUUUAUUCUUGCCAUUGCUAUGGUGAUUUCAUUUGCAGUCACUGAAUGGAUGGAUGGAGGUGUGGUUGGAUUUAUUAUUCUAUUAAAUAUUAUUAUUGGCGUUUUACAAGAGUAUAGAUCUGAGAAGUCCAUGCAAAAACUAAAACGUAUGCAAUACACUUUUACAAAAGUAGUAAGAGGUGGAGCACACAGUGAAAUACCAUCUCAACACCUCACAUUGGGAGAUGUCAUCUUGUUAGAUGAGGGUGAUCAUAUUCCUGCUGAUUGUAGACUACUCUAUACAGCUCAAUUGGAAUGUAUGGAAGCAAUUUUAACUGGAGAGUCAGAACCUGUGAAAAAGAAUGCCAAUGUUGUGUUUUCACAAAAUAAGGAAAGAGGGAGAAGUCGUUCUCUCCCUGUUAGUACACAACCCUCGAGAAGAAGCAGCAUCACUGAAACAAAUAUAGGCCCUUCCACUACUGAUGGAAGAAGUGUGGAUGAUCAUACUGAAGGAAAUGAUGCCCCUCCAAUGUUGUCUUUGGAUUCAACCGUGAUUACCUCAUCUGCUGCAAGACCAUCGAUUACUCCCACCUCUCAUGAUGGAAAAGACAAAAAACCUAAGCAAAGACAUCCAAUUGUUGUGGAUGUGGGUGACCGAAUUAACAUGGUAUUCAGUGGUACAACAGUGACCAGGGGAAAAGGUCGUGCCAUUGUUACUGCAUUAGGAAUGCAAACUGAAAUUGGAGCCAUUGCGCAAUCGAUUUCCAAACACAAAAGACAAAGAUCAAAACUACAAAAAAGAAUGACUUAUUUGGGAUUAGUUUUGGUAAUUGCUGGUCUGAUUUGCACAGGAUUGGUUAUAUUGUCUGCCUAUCUCCAUAAAUCAAUGCCAAUAAUACCUGAUGCAUUGACAGUUGGAGUAAGCACUGCUGUUGCAAUUAUUCCUGAAGGUUUGAGCCCAGUUCUCACAUUAACCAUGACCAUAGGUGUCAUGAGAAUGGCCAAACAACAUGCCAUUGUACGAAAAUUAGAUGCCAUUGAAACUCUUGGAAAUGUGACAGAUAUUUGUAGCGACAAAACUGGAACCAUUUCUGAAGGAGUCAUGGCUGUCAAGGAAUGUAUUCUCUCCAAUGAUAUGGUUUUUCGUAUUUUGGGGUACGAUACUGAAAUGACAGAAACAUCCAAAAGCUUACAAGCGGUACAAACAUUUUCGACAAACAACAACAUGGCCAGUACUGCAUCUGCUGCUGUUCCUACUACAUCGACACCAUCAAAGUGGCCAUCUGCUCCAUUAGUGUUAGUUAAUGCAGGAUUAUCUCAAUCGGUUUCUCAAGAACAAGAGUUUAUGGAUACUCUCUCACAAUUACAACCCAAAAUUGUGACCACGGAUUAUGUGAACCAUGAAAACGACUUGUUAAAAACAUUUCUCAUGGUUUCAUCCAUGUGUAAUGGCUGUAGUCUCUCGAAGGGUAAUGUUGAAGUUCCAUCUUCAAAAAGAAAGAAACCAGGAAACAUUUUCAAAAGAAUCAAAGAAUAUAAGAAGAAGUUAGGGAAAAUCUUUCCUCACGAAGUCAAACCAUUAAAGAGUGGAGAGAAAGAGGUGGAAGAUGAGGAAGAAGAGCUCUAUGUUGGAGAUCCAACAGAGAUUGCAUUGAUGACUCUCGCACAACAGUAUGGAUUGGGAAAGAAAAAUCUUGAAACGAUCGAUGUUCCAAAAGAGAAAACCAGUAUGGAAGAAGAAUUAAAAGAGAAAGAUUCCACUCACAUGUUCACACUCUUCCAAGAAUAUCCAUUCGACAGUAAUUUGAAAAGAAUGAGUGUGAUUUAUACCAAAAAUGGAGAAAACGAGAGAGAACAUGCGGACAUCAUUCAAAGCCAUACGGAUGCGAUGGAGGACUCUCCACAUGCAACAAUGGAAUAUAUUUUUGUUAAGGGAGCUCCAGAGCAUGUUCUCAAAUAUUCCACACACUAUUACCUCAGUGAGAAACAUGUUGGAGUGGAUCAAGUUCCAUCGACUGAUACGAGUAAGGAUGAUCAAUCGACAAAACAAAUAAUGGCUCCAAUCAGUCAAAAGUAUUUAGAUCAUUUGAGACAACAAAAUGAUGCAUUGGCUAAAAAAGGAUUGAGAGUUCUUGCGUUAGCAUUUCGACAACGAGAGCAUUUACCUCAUUUACUGUCCAACUCCAUACUUUCCACAACAACCUCUGGUAACACUUAUGAGGAAGAGAAAAAGGAGAAUCCAAAAGUUCAUGAACUGCAAGUGCCAUUAUUGAAGGAUACAAAAUCUGAGAAUCUUUACCACACAGAUCCCUCUCUCAUCAAUUACUAUGAAAGAUCUCAAGUCGAAAGAGAAUUAAUAUUCGUUGGAUUAGUAGGUAUACAAGAUCCUCCAAGACAAGGUGUGAGAGAAUCGAUCAGUGUUUGUCAUCAAGCAGGAAUUACUGUGAGAAUGAUCACUGGUGAUCACAAAGCGACAGCUGUCGCCAUUGCCAAGCAAGUUGGUUUAGUAACUCCUGAAAUGUUGGCAUCCACCUCGCCAUCCAAUCCAAUUGCCAUGAAUGCACAUGAUUUUGAUGCCUUGACUGAUGAAGAGCUUAAAAACUUGAAAGAGUUACCAAUUAUUAUUUCGAGAUGCACACCAGAAAGUAAGGAACGAAUGAUUCAUGCUCUACACCAAAGAAACAGAGGAACAGUCAUGUGUGGUGAUGGUAUAAAUGAUUGUCCUUCUAUUAAGGCAGCUGAUGUUGGUAUUGCAAUGGGAAAAUCAGGAAGUGACGUCAUUAAGGAUUGUGCAGAUAUUGUUUUAACGGAUGACAAUUUUUCAACCAUUGUAGUGGCUGUUAAAGAGGGACGAAACAUGUUCGAAAAUAUCCGAAAAUUUGUGAGUCACUUAUUGGCUGGAAACGUUGCACAAACUAUUUUAUUGGUCAUUAGUUUAUUGAGUGGAUUGAGACCUCCAUUGAAUUCUAUUCAAAUUUUAUGGCUUAAUAUGAUUACUGGAACGGGUCCUGCAUUUGGGCUGGGAAAUGAGAAACCACGCAAACGUAUCAUGUCCAAAGAUUUUAAAGGUAAACUAUUUUCACCAGAAACAAUUAUUGAUAUUUUGUUUUUUGGAACAUUGAUGGGAAUGAUUUCUUUGGCGAAUUUUCUUAUAUCCACCAAAACCACAAAUAUUCCAUUAGAAGAAGCUCAAGCCAUAACUUUUGUGACAGCCACCAUUUUACUCUUACUACAUGCGUAUAAUUGUAGAAAUGCUAGAAGACCAUUCUUUUUAGAUAGUUUUUAUAAUAGUAGACUUUUGCAUUUCUUUGUGUUGUUUGGAGCUGUUACGACCGUUUCAACAGUUUAUAUUCCAUGGGUGAACUCGAACAUUUUUCAUCAGAUUCCAAUGCCUGUCUUUGAUUGGAUUUUCGUCUUGGUGGCAGCCUUAGUCUUCAUGGCAUUGGCAGAGAUGUAUAAGGGUUUCAAAAGAACAUUGGUCAACACUAUCAGGAGAAUCAGAAACUAUCGUAGUCAUGGAUUAGAGAACAUUGCUUGA